AUGAUUGUGAGGUGUACAAUUGUCCAUGAAUGUGAUUUAAGGUUCGUACAUGACGACCAUCUUCAAGCAAUCGCAGCACUUGUAGCCACUUCAUUUAAAAGGAAGUUGAAGGAUUCUCGGACAAUAUACACACCAAGUGACAUAAUGAGAGAUGUGAAACACAACUUUGGUUUCACCAUCCAUUAUUGGAAAGCAAGGGAGUUAGCUCUAUUUUCCAUUAGAGGAUCAGCCGAGGAGGCUUAUUAUAUCCUUCCAGCCUAUUGCUAUGAAUUGGAGCAUAUGAAUCCCAGCACAAAGACACACAUCCAAAUUGAUGAGAACAUUGACUUUGUGUAUUUAUUUAUGGCAGUUGGCGCAUGUAUUAGAGGGUUUCAUUCUUCCAUGUGCCCAGUGAUAGCCAUGGAUGCCACUCAUUUGAAAUCCAAGUACAAGGAUGUUAUGUUUGUAGCAAAUGCAUUCGAUGGAAAUUGA